GCCUCAACAUAGGUAAGAUAUAUUGUACCUAUAAAUCAAUUCUUGCAGACCAAUGAAUUACUAAUGGAUGAGACUCGUCAGCAAGGUUAGGGGUAUAGCAAUAAACACAAAAAUUUACCGUCUGUGGCCGCUGAUGGAAAGCCACCUCCUUGAUCUGAACAACAAUGCUCUCGAUGAUACAUAAUGGAGUACCAUUAAGGUCUUUUAUGUUGACCCAGGCCCAACUGAGGCCUUCUCACCUAUUUUCACCUCUCUUACGGCAAAAGAAUCACUGUAUGCGUGCCUUUUCUGCACAGCCUAUUCUAUGGUCACAAGAACCAAAGCCACCAGCAGGCUCUGCGCGCAAAUUCACAUAUCAUGUUGCCGCCUCGUUUACUGCCAAACAUAAGAACUUCGAUCCGGCGACAAAUGUGUUCCACUUCAACCCUUAUAAUCACAUUCAGCCACAGAAGAAACGCCCCAAAUCGAAACGCCCAGCUAGUGGGCAAGAUGCCUUCUUCAUAAGCCGCCUAGGUGACACAAAUGCGGUAGCAUUUGGCAUCGCUGACGGUGUGGGAGGCUGGGAGAACAGUGGGGUUGAUCCUGCAGAUUUCUCGCAUGGCUUCUGCGACUAUAUGGCCUCGGCAGCAUACGAACACAAACCAGAGACGGGCGCGUUGCCGCUAACACCUAGAGCGUUGAUGCAAAGAGGAUACGACGAUGUAUGCAAGGAUGGUUCUAUCGGCGCAGGGGGUUCUACAGCAUCUAUCGCUAUCGCUAGUGAGGAUGGCCAUCUGGAAAUAGCCAACCUAGGCGAUUCAGGGUUUGUGCAUCUACGCUCGAAUGCUGUACACGCAUAUUCGGAACCGCAGACUCAUGCCUUCAACACACCAUACCAGUUAUCCAUCGUACCAGCCAGUAUGCUCGCACGCGCUGCAGCGUUUGGCGGGGCUCAACUGUGUGACAAUCCCAGAGACGCCGACGUCACACGACACACAUUAGAGCACGGCGAUGUUCUCAUCAUCGCGAGCGACGGACUGUGGGACAAUCUUUUUAAUCAAACCAUACUACGCAUAUCUAGUCAGCUGAUGACUAGUGUUGGCGCUUGGAAGAAAAGUGAUGGUGGUGUACUGGUUGCCGAUGACUUGAAACAAUUCACCCAAAACCAAGACUCGACUACACAACAGCCGCUAACACUCCAGAGUGCACUGGCAGUGCAUAUUACGAAUGCUGCCAAAUCAGCCAGCAUUAAUGGGCGAACUGAUGGGCCAUUCGCUAAGGAGGUUCAGAAAUAUUAUCCUCAAGAGAAUUGGCAUGGUGGCAAAGAAGACGACAUCUGCGUGGUGGUGAUGAUUGUAUCCGAGGAUGGGAAAUCCGAAACGAUAAACAGCAAACUAUGAGACUGCUACAAACAUCAAUGAAAAUGGAGUCAUGAGAACAAUAUGACAUAGAUCACUUGGUGUCAGAGAAGGCGAGAAAAGGACUAUUAGAACCGUCAAGCAAGUCCUCAUAAGUUGGUGUGCAUAGCUGGCGUUGCAUGCAAAUAUGUAGAUUCUAGAGCUCACGCCGAAGAAAAGAAGAUAAUAUGGAAUAAAAUAAAAUCAAAGUAGAAAUAGAAAUAAAAUGAGAGAUCA